UACAAAUCAGACUUGGAAUGGCUGCGAGGCAUUGGCUGGAUGCCAGAGGGCUCUGUGGGAGUGGUCCAUGCGAAACACUGCCAAGACCUGGUGAACGAGAGAUUGUACAAGCUGCCUCGAGAUGCACUGAAGUUUACCAGUAUUGCUGACCCACCACCGGUUCUCUUGGCUAAGAUCAACAGCCAACAGAUCAGUGACAAUCUGUAUCGUGAAGCGUGGGACAAGGACAAGACACAGAUCACUAUUCCAUCGGAUACCCCUGUCAUGAUGCAGUCUAAGAUUAAUGCUCUGAACAUAAGCAGUAAACAUUAUACUGGAGCCUGGGAUGAGGCUAAGGCUAAAGGUUAUGACAUAAGAGCUGAUGCAAUUCCGAUCAAACAUGCAAGAGCCUCUCGAGAUAUUGCAAGUGAGUACAAGUACAAAGAAACCCAUGAGAAACAGAAAGGCCACUAUAUAGGAUGCCCUUCAGUGAAGGAGGAUCCUAAACUUACAUGGGCCGCCAAAGUAAUGAAGAUGAUAAACGACCGAUUGUAUAAGAAGGCCUACCACGACUCAAAGGCCAGGAUCACGAUACCAGGGGACAUGGUGGCCAUCGAGGCAGCCAAGCAGGGGCAGGCCUUAGCAAGUGACGUUGACUAUCAUCAGUACUUGCACCAGUGGACUUGUCUGCCAGACCAGAAUGAUGUGAUCCAAGCCAAGAAGGCAUAUGAACUUCAGAGCGAUAAUGUGUACAAAUCAGACUUGGAAUGGCUGCGAGGCAUUGGCUGGAUGCCGGAGGGCUCUGUGGGAGUGGUCCAUGCGAAACACUGCCAAGACCUGGUGAAUGAGAGAUUGUACAAGCUGCCUCGAGAUGCACUGAAGUUUACCAGUAUUGUCGACACACCACCGGUUCUCUUGGCUAAGGUCAACAGCCAACAGAUCAGUGACAAUCUGUAUCGCGAAGUGUGGGACAAAGAGAAGUCGCAGGUCACAAUUCCAUCGGAUACGCCUGUCAUGGUGCAAUCUAAGAUUAAUGCUGCAAAUAUAAGCAAUAAACUUUACACAGAAGCUUGGGAUGACAUUAAGAAAUAUAUUGACCUGAGAGCAGAUGCAGUCCCAAUCAAGACAGCCAAAGCCUCAAGAGAAAUUGCCAGUGAUUACAAGUACAAAGAAGGCUACCGUAAGCAAGUGGGACAUCACGUGGGAUGCCGUGAUGUCUAUGAUGACCCCAAGAUGGUACUGGCUAUGCACGUAGCCAAGCUGCAGAGUGAGAGGGAGUACAAGAAACAUUUUGAGAAAUACAAGACCAAGUUCAAUAGCCCAGUGGACAUGCUGUCCAUCUUGUUGGCCAAGAAAUGUCAGAAACUGGUUAGCGACAUUGAUUACCGCCGCUACCUGCAUGAAUGGAUAUGUCUGCCUGACCAGAAUGAUGUCAUUCAAGCCAAGAAAGCAUACGAGCUACAGAGUGAUGCUGUUUAUAAAUCCGACCUGGAAUGGUUACGUGGAAUUGGAUGGAUGCCAAGUGGUUCUGUCUCAGUCAACCAUGUCAAGCACGCUCAGGAUAUUUUGAGUGAGAGGCUGUAUCGUACAAAGGUUGAAACUCAGCCAUUUACCCCAGUGGCUGACAGGGUUGAUUACCGUACAGCCAAACAAGGAGGGGAAAUAUUAAGUGAUAUUAAAUACCACAAGGAAUGGAACAGCAUCAAGUCAAACUAUACCCUAACAGAGACACCACAGCUGCAAGCAGCUAAAGAAGCAGCCAGGAUUCUCAAUCAUCAUCUGUACAAGGAUAACUGGGAGAAACAGAAAUCUAUUGGCUAUAUAUUGCCUCCUGACAGCGUGCCUUUCCGCCAUGCCAAGCAUUCAAAUGACGUUCAAAGUGAGCUGAAAUACAAGGCAGACUAUGUCCACCAAAGAGGUCACUAUGUUGGAGUCAACAGUAUGCGAGAGGAUCCCAAACUGGUCUGGUUUGAGCAUGCUGGCAAAAUCCAGAAUGAUAGACUGUAUAAGGAGGCGUAUCACAAAACCAAGUCCAAAAUUCACAUACCUCCAGAUAUAUUAUCUGUCCUCGCAGCAAAAGACUGCCAGCAUGUUGUCAGUGAAAUUCCAUAUCGCCAUUACCUUCAUGAAUGGACGUGUCACCCUGACCAGAAUGACUGCAUCCAGGCAAAGAAAGCCUAUGACCUUCAGAGCGAUAAUAUUUAUAAAGCUGAUCUGGAAUGGCUCCGUGGCUGUGGUUGGAUGCCUUUAGAUUCAGUGGAGCAUCGGAAAGUGAAGAAGGCUCAGGAUCUGAUAAACAAGAGACUCUAUACAAAAGAGGCCCUGGAUAAUUUUGCAAACUUUACACCUGUAGAAGACCCUCCAGAUCUUGUUUUGGCAAAAGAACACACAAUCAUUCAGAGCGAUCUGAAAUACAAAGAAACCUUUAACCGUGACAGAGGCCACUACAUUGGUUCUGAUGAUACUCCAGCCCUGAGUCAUUCUCGAGAUAUGGCUAAGCUGUACAGUGAUUACUUAUACAAGGAACUGUGGGAAUCAAAUAAGGCCAUUGGGUACACUCUGCCUCCGGACUACAUCCCCAUUGUUGGUGCCAAGCAUGCAGAUUACAUUAACAGUCAGCUUAAAUAUAAAGAAGUGUAUGAGAAGCUGAAGGGCCAUUAUCUGGCUGGGAAACAAAUAAACGACUUCCCCAGUGUUGUCCAUUGUCUUGCUUUCCAAAAAAUAAGGAGUGCGUUGGCCUACAGGAAGAAUUAUGAGGAUACCAAGGCACACAUCCAUAUCCCAAGUGACAUGAUAAACCAUGUGCUGGCUAAGAGAUGCCAGUAUAUCCUCAGUGACCUUGAAUACCGAACUUACUUACAUCAGUGGAACUGUUUACCAGAAGAGAACCAUGUUAUUCUGGCUAAAAGAGCCCAGGAAAUUCUGAGUGAUGUUGUAUACAAGGAUGACUUAACAUGGCUGAAGGGAAUUGGAUGCUAUGUGUGGGAUACACCUCAGAUCCUGCAUGCUAAGAAGUCCUACGAUCUUCAGAGUCAACUGAUAUACACAAAAGCAGGAAAAGAAAAUUUACAGAAUUUUGGUCUGGUUAUGGACACUCCAGUUUAUGUAACUGCCAUCCAGAGCGGUAUCAAUGCCAGCGAUGUGAAAUACAAAGAACACUACCAUAAAUUCAAGGACCAAUAUACCACCGUGACAGAACCAGUAGAUCACGAAAGGAUUAAGAAGCUCAAGUACCUUUUCAGUAAUAACCUGUAUAAAAGGAUUUGGGAGAAGCUGAAGUCUGCCAGUUACACAUUACCUCCUGAUGCUGUGCCUUUUGUUCGUGCCAAAGAGCUGAAGUAUAAUGCCAGUAUUGUAAAAUAUCGGGAGGAAUAUGAUAAGUUUAAAGCACUUUAUACUCUUCCGAGAGGAGUUCAGGAUGAUCCCAAUACUGCAAGAUGCCUAAGAGUUGGCAAACUGAAUAUUGAUCGCUUAUAUAGAGAAACCUAUGAAAAGAACAAGGCCAAGAUCCAUAUUGUACCAGACAUGGUGGAGAUUGUGUCAGCCAAGAGCACUCAGAAGAAAGUCAGUGAAAUUGAUUAUCGCAUCCGCCUCCAUGAGUGGGCCAGCAUCGCAGACCCUCAUGCCAAUGCUCUUGCUCGAAAAGUCAAUGACCAGCUUAGUGAUAUUGUGUACAAAGAUGAUCUCAACUGGCUCAAAGGCAUAGGCUGCUUUGUUUGGGACACUCCAGCUAUUCUGCAUGCCAAACAUGCCUAUGACCUGCGUGAUGAUUUCAAAUACAAGGAAAAGGCAGAGAAAAUGAAGAGCAAAUACUCUGUGGUCUUGGACACACCUGUCUAUGUUCAGAACGUCCAGAGUGGCAAGAAUCUGAGUGAAUUUGUUUACCGCCAUAACUAUGUGCAGAAUAUCAAAGGGAAAUAUACUGCAACUGACAAGACAGUGGAUUUGGAACGAGCAACUCAUGCCUACAAAAUACAGCAUGAAGGCCUCUACCGAAAUGCUGGCCUGCGGGCACUUCCCACUGGAUACAAGCUUCCACCAGAUACUCCUGGUUUCAAGCAUGCUAAGCAUGCCCAUUACCUUGGCAGUUAUCUUAAAUAUAAGGAAGUCUAUGAACAUCUAAAAGGUAAAGGUUACAAUUUUGGACCCAAAGCUGUUCCAUUUGUGACUGUCCGGAAAGUCAAUAAAGUUCUCAAUGAGAGAUUAUACCGGGAGGCAUAUCACAAAAAUAAGGACAAGAUACAUACCACACCUGAUACACCAGAGAUCCGCCAAGUGAAAACAAACCAAGAAUCCAUCAGUGAUCUGAUUUACAAGACUGACUUCUUCAGGAUGCAGGGACACUUGAUAUCCUUGCCGUUCACUCCUCAGACAAUGCACAGCCAGUAUGUUGGAGAGAUUACAAGUGAUAUUAAAUAUAAAAGCGAUCUACAAUGGCUGAGAGGUCUGGGCUGCUUCUUAUAUGAUACUCCUGAUAUGGUCCGUGCUCGGCAUUUACGCAAGCUCUGGUCCCAUUACGUCUACACUGAAGCUGCAAAGAAGACACAAGAUAAAUAUCGUGUGGUCCUGGACACUCCUGUGUACAGGAACAUCCAGGAGCUAAAAACCCACUUGAGUGAACUUGUAUACAGAGCUGCAGGCCGAGAACAAAAGACUAAGUAUACAUCUGUCCUUGACACACCAGAUUAUAAUAGGGCCAAAAAAGGGCAAAAGAUACAGAGUCAGUACUUGUACAUUGAACUUGCCACCAAGGAAAGACCCCAUCACCAUGCUGGGGAUGGGACGCCUGCCUUGAAACUUGCCAAGCAUGUGAAGGACUUCUCCAGUGAGAAAAAAUACAAAGCCCUGUAUGAUAAACUGAAGCACAAGUAUGUAACUGUCCCGGACACACCAAUCCUCAUCAGGGCUAAGAAGGCCUACCUGAAUGCCAGUGAUCUGCGCUACAAGGAAACCUUUGAGCGCACAAAGGGUAAAUACCACACUGUGAAAGAUGCUUUGGAUAUUGUGUAUCAUCGCAAGGUCACUGAUGAUAUCAGCAAAGUGAAAUAUAAAGAAAAGUACAUGAGCCAGUUAGGAUUCUGGAGAUCUAUUCCAGACCGGCCAGAGUACUUCCAUCAUCGUGCAAUCACUGAUCAAGUCAGUGAUGUUAAAUAUAAGGAAGACCGGGAAGCACUCAAAGGCAUUGGCUGCUACGCAUGGGAUACUCCUGAUCUUGUUCUUGCAGAAAAGAAUAAGACGUUGUACAGUGCGUGUAAGUACAAGGAAUCAUUUGAAAAAGUAAAGGACAAGUUCCAGUAUGUUGCUGACUCUCCAAUUAACAGACAUUUUAAACAUGCUACUCAGCUGGUGAACCAGAAAAAAUAUAAGUCUAGUGCCAAGUUGUUCCUGCAACACGGAUGUAAUGAAAUUCUACGGCCAGAUAUGCUGACAGCCUUGUACAACACUUUUCAAUCGAGCCAGUACAAGUACAAAAGUCUGUAUGAAAAGCAGAAGGACAAGUUUACAAGCAUUGUGGAUACUCCAGAACAUCUGAGGACUACAAAAGUCAACAAGCAAAUCAGUGAUAUCCUUUACAAGCUGGAAUACAACAGGGCCAAACCUAAGGGAUAUACUACAAUUCAUGAUACCCCCAUGAUACUCCACGUACGCAAGGUCAUGGACAGGAUAAGUGAUCUGAAGUAUAAAGAACUCUAUGAACAGAAUAAGUCUCACUGCAAUGUUGUACCAGAUUCUGUUCAUAUUCGGGCUGCCAAGCAGGCCUACAAAGUAAACAGCAAUCUGGAUUAUAAGAAGAAAUAUGAAGCAGCCAAGGCAUUCUGGCACUGGACUGUGGACAGACCUGACUUUAUCCAGGCUGCUAAAACAUCCUUGCAGCAGAGUGAUUAUGAGUACAAACUGGACCGAGAGUUCCUCCGAGGAUGCAAGCUGUCUGUAACAGAUGACAAAAACACUGUGUUGGCUUUGCAGAAUGCAAUCUUGGCGAGUGAUAUAAAAUAUAAAGAGAAGCAUAAUAAGGAAAGGGGAAUUAUCCAUCCAGUUCCAGACACUCCUCAGAUCCUUCUUGCAAAGACUGUUAGCUCUCUUGUGUCUGAGAACAAAUACAAAGAACAUGUGAAGAAGCACCUUCCGCAUGGCUCCUUUACAAAAUUGCCUGAAACACUGGAUACCGUUCGUGUUAAAAAAGUAACAAAGAAUGUCAGUGAGACAAAUUAUAAAAAGAAGUUUCAGAAAGAGAAAGGCAAGUCAGACUAUUCAAUCAUGCUGGAACCCCCUGACGUGAAGCAUGCCAUGGAAGUUGCAAAGCAUCAGAGCACGAUCAAAUACAAAAAAGAUGCCAAAUCAAAGCUCCAUUACACCACUGUGGCUGAUCGACCAGACAUUAAGAAAGCCACCCAAGUCUCCCAUUUAGUUAGUGAUAUUGAAUACAAAGCCAAGUUUCGUGGAGAAGCUGGUAUGGGAGUCAGCAUGCUAGGACGACCAGAUAUUGAACUUGCUAAGGAGGUGUCUAAGCUGACAAGUCAGGUGAAAUACAAAGAAAGGUUCGACAAGGAGAAAGGGAAAAGGCCACAAUAUGACCUAAAGGAAAGCAAGAUCUACAAAACCUUAAAAGAUGCUCAUAACAUUGCUAGUGAGGUUAAAUAUAAGGCAGACUUGAAGAAGCUUCACAAACCUGUGACAGACAUGUCUGAAUCUCUCGCUAUGAAUCACGUGUUGAGCACCAGCCAGCUUGCCAGUUCUUACCAGUACAAGAAGCAAUAUGAGAAGAGCAAAGGUCACUACCACGUGGUCCCAGAUAACCUUGAGCAGGUCCAUCUGAAGGAGGCCUCAGAGCUCCAGAGCAUAGUAAAGUACAAGGAAAAAUAUGAAAAGGAAAGAGGAAAGCCUAUGCUGGACUUUGAAACACCAACGUACAUCACUGCUAGGGAGGCUCAGCAAAUGCAAAGCGAGAAAGAAUAUAAAAAAGAUUUUGAAGAGUCCAUUAAAGGCAGGAACCUUACUGGUCUGGAGAUCACACCAUCUUUAUUGCAUGUCAAAUAUGCCACCAAAAUAGCAAGCGAGAAAGAAUACAGGAGAGAUUUGGAAGAAGGUGUCAAAGGUAAAGGUCUAACCAUCCUGGAAGAGACCCCAGACUUAAUCAGAGCAAAGAAUGCAACUUACAUCUUGAAUGAGAAAGAGUACAAGAGAGCUCUGGAGAUGGAAAUCAAAGGAAGGGGCCUGACAGACCUUGCAUUGGAAACACCUGACUAUAUGAGGGCAAAGAAUGCCACAGACAUUGCUAGCCAGAUUAAAUACAAGCAAUCUGCAGAAAUGGAAAAGGUCAACUAUACUACAGUUGUCGACACUCCAGAUAUCAUCCACGCCCACAAUGUGAAGAACUUAUCCAGUCAGAAAAAGUAUAAGGAGGAUGCAGAGAGGACGAUGCAAUACUAUGUGCCUGUUCUAGAAACACCGGAAAUGCAGAGAGUUCGGGAGAACCAAAAGAACUUUAGCAUGCUUCAGUACCAACAUGAUCUUCAGGACAGCAAAGGAAAAGUCACAGUUGUAAAUGAAACACCAGAAAUACUACGAGUUAAAGAAAACCAGAAGAACUUCAGCACGAUUUUAUAUAAAGAAGAUAUUGGAACAGGAACAGCUAUUGAAAAGACGCCUGAGAUGCAGAGAAUUAAACAAACCCAGGAUGCAAUAAGCACGAUUAAGUACAAGGAACACAUUGGAAAAGGAACUCCGAUUCCUGAUCUUCCUGAAGUAAAACGUGUCAAGGAAACUCAGAAGCACAUCAGCUCGGUUUUGUACAAAGAGAAUACAGGGCAAGGAACUCCGAUACCCGUUACUCCAGAGAUAGAGAGAGUCAAACGCAAUCAAGAACACAUUAGCUCGGUGCUUUACAAAGAAGACUUGGGGGCAGGAAUGGCAACUCCUGUUACCCCAGAAAUGGAGAGAGUCAAGCGUAAUCAGGAGAACAUUAGCUCGGUGUUGUACAAAGAACAUUUAGGGACUGGAACCCCAACACCUAUUACUCCAGAGAUGGAGAGAGUCAAACGCAAUCAAGAAAACUUUAGCUCGGUCCUAUACAAAGAAAGCCUAGGGACAGGGAUACCAACUCCUGUCACUCCAGAGAUUGAAAGAGUCAAACACAACCAAGAAAUCUUUAGCUCGGUGUGGUACAAAGACAAUAUAGGGAAAGCAACCCCAACUCCUGUCACUCCUGAGAUGGAGAGAGUCAAACGCAAUCAAGAACACAUUAGCUCGGUUUUGUACAAAGAGGGAUUGGGGAAAGGUACCCCAACACCAGUCACUCCUGAGAUGAAGAGAGUCAAGCGCAAUCAAGAGUUCAUUAGCUCGGUAUUGUACAAAGAACACUUGGGAAAAGGAACCCCGACAUCUAUCACUCCAGAGAUGGAGAGAGCUAAACGCAAUCAAGAAAACAUUAGCUCGGUUCUCUAUUCUGAUAGUUUCCGGAAACAAGUGCAAGGUAAAGCAGCCUUUGUCCUGGAUACCCCUGAAAUGAGACGUGUUCGGGAAACACAGCGACACAUUUCCACAGUGAAAUAUCAUGAAGACUUUGAAAAGACCAAAGGCAGCUUCACGCCUGUAGUUACUGACCCCAUAACAGAGCGUGUAAAGAAGAACAUGCAAGACUUCAGUGAUAUCAGCUACAGAGGCAUUCAGAGACGGGUUGUGGAAAUGGAGCGGAAACGGAUAGAUCAGGAUCAAGAACUGAAUAACCUCACAGGGCUUCGUGUGUGGCGUACGAACCCUGGAUCAGUCUUUGACUAUGACCCAGCAGAAGACAACAUUCAGUCAAGAAGCUUACACAUGCUUUCUGUCCAAGCCCAGCGACGCAGCCGUGAGCAAUCCCGCUCUGCCAGUGCGCUCAGCAUCAGUGCUGGUGAUGAAAAAUCUGAGCAUUCAGAGGCUGCUGAUCAACACCUGUCUUACUACAGCAAUGGAAGCUUUUUCCCCACGACAACAACAGUGGAGUACAAACAUGCUAAAACUGUAGAGCUGCCACAGCAGAGAUCAUCUUCUGUUGCCACCCAGCAGACAACAGUAUCUUCGCUCCCCUCUCAUCCAUCCACUGCAGGGAAGACCUACCGUGCCAUGUAUGACUACACCGCAGCAGACGCAGAUGAAGUAUCCUUCAAAGAUGGUGAUACGGUCGUCAACGUCCAAGCCAUUGACGAAGGCUGGAUGUACGGGACUGUGCAAAGAACAGGCAAGACAGGCAUGCUGCCGGCCAACUAUGUAGAGGCAGUUUAAGUCAGAACAGACUUAAGCCACUUUCCAUGAAAUGCAGCGACCGGGGCAAUGAAAAGGCACUUGACACAGCAUCACUCCACUGUAACCCAUAACACUUUCUCCAGUGCCACCUUGUUCUGUUCUGUUGAUACACAUUCUUUGUCAUCCAAAAUGUUCAGCAAACAUCCCACAUCAGAACCAAAUUCUUAAGAUUUUAGUUACAGAGCAAGGUGAAUGACAUCCUACCAGUUUCCACCACUAAUUUGAAUUAACUGGAUUUUCACAUUCAAACUAGAGUUGCUUCAGUCUGACUCCCAGGUGUUGUCACUCUUUUUGUUUGGAAUCAAGCUGAAUUUCCACCCUACACAUUUUUUUGAAAAGAAAACCUAAUGGUGUUGGCUUUAGUGGUUUCUUAUCAAGCUUUCUCCUUCGAUGUCCUAAAAGGAGCUGAAUGUAUUAAUUUCUGUUUCAAGUACGCAACUAUGUAACAUCUCAAAUAAGGCAAAAUGUGGAAAAGCCUCUCCUUUUGUCUGCUUAGAGAACGCUGCUGCAUGCCUUUUUCAUCUGCGAGUUCUUGGGUCACAGUGCUGUAACUCCCUCUCAGAUUAGUAACUAAUAAAUUUCAUGUUUCUGCA